GACAAAACCUUAUAAUCUCUCUUCAGUUCACAAGUAGCUUCUCAAAAUCCUUUACACCUUCCACUUUCAAAGAUCUAAAAGAAACAAGUUUACUAGAUCAUGAAUUAUCUAAACAAGGUCUGGAUGGCAGCAUCUUUCCUAGCUGUUCAAGGAAACCCCGAUCACGGCGUCAAGCUCAAAACCGGCCUCACCUCCGCUCACCGCCUUCAACGCCGGCUCUCCUCAGAUCUCCGCCCUCUCUCCGCCGCAGAUGUUCCCGUAGACAGUGAUCCUUCAGAAGAAAGACGACGUACCUCUUCUUCUUCUUCCACUCCUGAUGAAUCUUUGCGUCAGGUCAUGUACCUUAGCUGCUGGAGCCAAGGCUAAUUCUACCUCCAUACAUUCAUGUCCACCGAUGAUGCAUGGUGACUUGCUCAUGGAUCCGCUUGACUUGGACAAAACGAGCUGGAUUAUCUGAUAAUAAACUGUAUAUAGUUUCAUUGUAUAUUUGUAUUAUAGUCAUCUAUGUGAAUAUUAGACUUGUUCAAAAAGAUCAAAAGUAAAUGUUCGUUUAUGAGAACUUUCUUUUGUAGUUUCAAGUAUCUAAACAUGGUCUCUCUUCCAAGUUUCCAUCAAAGUUUUAUCAAAAUCUUGAAUGUGAUUGCCAC